CGAAGUGUGGAAAGAAAACCAACCAAUUACCAGCCAACCAUGGUCUUCUCAUCAGUUCAUCUCUAUCCAGAUCCACCCAACUGGAACCAGCAGGGAGGAUCAACCGACAUCACCGUCGAUGAAUCCGAUCAUGUUCAUGCCCUCCCGCAACCGGUGGCUACCUCUUCUGCCUCUGCACCACACCAAGUAUCAGCUGGAGGAAGCACCUGCCGCCCCGUAGCUGUUGUAUCCACCGCCGAAAGGGCUCGACUUGCUAAAAUCCCACAAGCUGAAGCCGCCCUCAAGUGCCCCCGCUGCGACUCCACCAACACCAAAUUUUGCUACUUUAACAACUACUCUCUCACCCAACCUCGUCACUUUUGCAAGACUUGCCGCCGCUAUUGGACUCGCGGUGGUGCUCUCCGCAGCGUCCCGGUAGGCGGCGGCUGUCGCCGGAACAAACGAGGUAACAAGCCCUCUUCCUCUAAAACAUCAACAUCAACAUCAACAUCAUCAUCAUCAUACCUUGUUGCUCCAUCUGCUUCCUCUUCCACCUCCUUGGCCGGGGUGUUCCGAACAGCCCCACCACCAUUCCUCGCUCCGUGGAACCAUCUGCCUGAUUACGGACUCCAACAGCCGAUCGACACGACGAUGGAGAGCAUGGGAUUGGAGCAGUGGAGGAUUCAACAAAUCCAACAGUUCCCUUUCUUAGGAGGACUGGCCGAGUUAUCUGUGCCAACGGGGACUAUGGUUCCGGGGCUCUAUCCUUUAGAAGGGGAACUAGUUGGCGGACAUGGAAAGAUGAUCAUGUCGACAGUGAAGAUGGAAGAGAGCUCUCAAGCUGUCACAACUACUGCUGCUAACAUGCCGAGGCAAUUCUUCAGCAUGGGGAGAAACGACGGACAGAUUUGGCCUGUUAGCGGCGGUGGAGAAGAUCAAGGAGGUAGAUGGAUUAGUGGCGAACAUGUUUCUGGUUUCAGUUCUUCUUCUGCUGGAAAUUUGUUGUGAGAGCUGAUUGAUUGAUCAAUCAUGAGUUCAUGCUGACGUUAAUCAGAGCUGUAACGGUAUGGAGCAAGGAAUUGGGGAGCUUGACUUUUGAGACGGCUUCAAACAAGAAAAAAAUUUAUGGAGAGAAAGAGUCUACAUUUGAUGGGGAGAUAUAUGAUGGAUAUAUAGCUACUAGAUUUGGUAGGUUUCUAUUUUCUUUUCAGUUCUAAUUUUGCUUUUUUGGUUUUUUUUUUCUUAAUCAAUAUGGGUUGGUGUAUUUUCUUUCUUUAUGUUUAUGUCUAGCUUGUAGUAUGAUGACAUAAAUUGGGUGGUUGUUUAAUUUGGUUAUCUGAAUUCGAAGAAAACACUAAUUAAUGCAUGG